GGGACCCGCCCCCCGCGCUCGGCGGGUGCGUCGGCCGCCCCGGCGCGGCUGUUAUGGAAACCGGCCGGGCGCGCAGGAGGCGAUAAUGGGGCGGCCAUGGCCCGGGCCGGCAGCUCCAGCGGCGACGCGGCCGCGGGGGAGCGGGCCGGGGGCGCGGGGCGGCCCGAGCCGUGGGAGCUGUCCCUGGAGGAGGUGCUGAAGGCGUACGAACAGCCCAUCAACGAGGAGCAGGCGUGGGCCGUGUGCUUCCAGGGCUGCCGCGGGCUGCGGGGCGCGCCGGGCGGCGGGCGGCGCAUCCGGGACACGGCCGACAUCCUCCUGCGCCGGGACGGCUCGGUCAGCGCGCGGCGGGAGCCAGGGGCCGCGGAGUCCACAACGAUGGUGUUGUCACCAGCCAGCUCAGAAGCCCAGAUGGUGCAGUCCCUGGGCUUUGCCAUUUACCGCGCGCUGGACUGGGGCCUGGACGACAGCCAGGAGCGAGAGCUGAGCCCACAGCUGGAGCGGCUCAUCGACCUCAUGGCCAACAACGACUGUGAGGACGGCGGCUGCGGGGCUGCGGAUGAAGGCUACGGGGGCCCGGAGGAGGAAGAGGAGGCGGAGGGCGGCCCCCGCGCCGUGCGCACCUUCGCCCAGGCCAUGCGGCUCUGUGCGGCGCGCCUGACCGACCCGCGGGGCGCCCAGGCGCACUACCAGGCCGUGUGCCGCGCCCUCUUCGUGGAGACGCUGGAGCUGCGGGCCUUCCUGGCCAGGGUCCGGGAGGCCAAGGAGAUGCUGCAGAAGCUUCGGGACGAUGAACUGCAGGUAGAGAAGCCUCUGGCGGAGCUUGACAACCUGGGACACACAGACUGGGCCCGGCUGUGGGUCCAGCUCAUGCGGGAGCUCCGCCAUGGAGUGAAGCUUAAGAAGGUGCAGGAGCGAGAGUUCAACCCCUUGCCCACCGAGUUCCAGCUCACCCCCUUCGAGAUGCUGAUGCAGGACAUCCGCGCCAGGAACUAUAAGCUGCGCAAGGUCAUGGUCGAUGGAGAUAUCCCUCCCAGGGUGAAGAAGGAUGCCCAUGAACUCAUCCUGGACUUCAUCCGCUCCCGGCCUCCGCUGAAACAGGUCUCAGAGAGAAGGCUUCGCCCCUUACCCCAAAAGCAGAGGACCCUGCAUGAGAAGAUCCUGGAGGAGAUCAAGCAGGAGCGGAGGCUGCGCCCGGUGGGGGCCGAGCGCUGGCGUGGCCGGGGGUUUGGCUCUCUGCCCUGCAUCCUCAAUGCCUGUUCUGGGGACACCAAGUCCCCUUCCUGCAUCAACCUGUCUGUCAUGGACGCCGGGAACAACACCCAACGCCCACGGCCCCGGGUCCUGCUCAAGGCGCCCACCUUGGCUGAGAUGGAGGAGAUGAACACAUCUGAGGAGGAAGAGUCUCCGUGUGGGGAGGUGACACUGAAGCGGGACCGCUCUUUCUCGGAGCAUGACCUGGUCCAGCUCCGGAGCGAAGUGGCCUCUGGCCUGCAGCCAGGCACUCAGCCCCAAGGAGGGUUGGAAUCAUCCCGGCCCCGCACGGGCAGCAUGCACGCCUGGAGGCCAAGCACCCAGGAGCAGGGUUCCUUCCCUGUAAGUGUCCAGGUCCAGCCUGACCCUAGCUCUCUACCACACAGUGACCUGGGCUCAGCAGAGGACCGGCCGGAGGCUUCUGCAGCCCCAGACACCAAUCAUCUGUGGCUGGAGUUCAGCCACCCCGUGGAGAGCCUUGCUCUGACCGUGGAGGAAGUGAUGGAUGUGCGCCGUGUGCUGGUAAAGGCCGAGAUGGAGAAGUUCCUGCAGAACAAGGAGCUCGUCAGCAGUCUCAGGAAGGGGAAGAUUUGUUGCUGUUGCCGAGCCAAGUUCCCGCUGUUCUCCUGGCCACCCACCUGUCUCUUUUGCAAGAGGGCCGUCUGCACUUCCUGCAACAUCAAGAUGAAGAUGCCUUCUAAGAAGUUUGCACACAUUCCUGUCUACACGCUGGGCUUUGAGAGUCCUCGGAGGGUGUCAGCUACCAAAACGACGCCGACCCAGAGAAGAGAUGCCUUCCAGUGCGUUCCUUUGCCCUUUGCUGAGAUCCCUGCAGGGGCCUCAGUGGCCGAGUGUGGAGGAGGCAUUCCCGCACAUCUACACCCACGGCUCUGUCCUCAAGGACGUCUGCAGUGACUGCACCAGCUUCGUGGCAGACGUCGUGCGCUCCAGCCGCAAGAGUGUGGAUGCCCUCAACACCACGCCUCGCCGCACCCGCCAGACCCAGUCCCUGUACAUCCCUAACACCUGGACUCUCAACUUCAAGUGAUGGCUCUCAGCCUUCCUGCGACACCUAGCCAGAGGCUUUUCAAGGUGGCCAGACCUCUGAGGAGGAGCCAGGCUCGUCCUGGACCUGGCUGAGAAACUCCCUAUCCUGAGGCACAGCUGCUGGCCUGCCCUCCUAAGUGUGCAUGUACAUAUAUACAUAUAUAGAUACAUUUAUACGAUAUAUACACACAGCCUAUAUAUUUAUAUACAUCCGUCCUGGCCCUAGAGUGUAUUUGGGGUCAGGCUCACUGCAGGACCCUCCCUGGGGGAGGCUGUUUCCUGUUGGGAGACCUUGGGUGGGAUGGGAGUGGGUUUUCUCACUCGGGAAGGGCAUGUUGGAGACACAACAGUGGGUUCCAGAUGAUGGGGCUCUGGAGAGACCCCCACCCCCGUUUUUGUUCUUUCCUCCAUCCCAAGGAUGAGAACACGGCAGCUUCCCCUCCCUGGGUAGAUGUCCAGGUUGGGACAGGACACCGUGGUUCCCGGGUAGACGGGCGCAUCCUGCUGGCCUCUGCACUCUGAGCAGGAGCCCAGGCAGCAGAGGCCACUGGGGAAGACCGUGAGUGGGCUGAUCUUCUCCUGGUGGGUGUCACGCCCUUCCACUUGGAAGGCCCAAGGCCAAGCUCACUCCUUGCUCCCUGCCCAGCAUCCACGCCCCAGCCGGUAUGCCACAUGGCUGGUGUUGCCAUACUCACAGACUCAGAGGCCCAGAGAUGGUGCUGGUUCCAGGGCCCUGGCGAUGCUGGGGCUCCCGGUACAGGGAGGAACUCUGUAAAUUUGUCCCCGAGGCCACUCUUGGCCUAAUAAAGGUGGUCUCACGGUC